AUGGACGAUUUUGCUUUACUUGACCUGUUGGAAUGUCCUGUGUGCUUUGAAAAGCUAGAUGUCACGGCCAAGGUGCUACCAUGCCAGCAUACCUUCUGCAAGCCUUGUCUACAGGGGAUACUGAAAUCCCAAAAUGAGUUGAGGUGCCCAGAGUGCAGAACUCUAGUCUUCUGCAGUAUUGAAGAGUUACCAUCCAACUUGCUUCUAAUUCGCUUACUGGACGGUGUCAGAUAUGGACAAAAUGUUAUGAGGUUUGGCUCAAUCCAAAGAUCUCGGGUCCUGACCUCUCCUGCCUCAAUCAGGAGAGACAGAGGAGAUCCAAGAGGUUUACAACUUAAUCAGUACAGGCUGGCACCAAAUCCCAGGAUCCAUAUGGAAGGGGUUCCCAGGGCCAGAGCCCUGUACAGCUACAGAGGACAAAACCCUGGUGAACUGAGGUUCAAUAAAGGGGACAUCAUCAUAUUGCACCGACAGCUGGAUGAAAAAUGGUACCUGGGAGAGAUCAAUGGGGUCAGUGGGGUUUUCCCAACCAGCUCAGUGCAGGUUAUCAAACAACUUCCACUGCCACCACCCCUGUGCAGAGCACUUUACAACUUUGAUCUGAGAGAGAGAGAUAAAAAUGAAAAUAAGGACUGCCUGACAUUUCAUAAGGGCGAUAUCAUCACAGUGAUUAGCAGAGUUGAUGAGAACUGGGCAGAGGGCAAGUUAGGUGAUAAAAUAGGGAUCUUCCCCAUCUUGUUUGUGGAGCCAAACAUGACUGCAAGACAACUCCUACAGACAAAGAAAAGCCACCGAUCCUCCCCAUUUAAAUAUUCAUCACCCUUAAGGACAGCCUCUCCCAGAGCGAAAGGCACAGAGUCACCAACCUUCCGCAAGGUGUCAGAAUCUAGGAGGAAGAGCCUGAAACCAUUUUCUAUCACGAAUGCCUUGAAUUCACUCAACAGGAUGGUCCACUCACCCACAGAGCGGCAGACAUUGGAAAUCAGCUCACCAGUGCUCAUCAGCUCCAGUAAUCCGACUGUGGCAACCCAGAGCAGUGAGAAAGUAGAAUUCCCAUAUGGCACCCCUGUCCAGGUCAGCGCUUCUUAUUAUACUGCGCCAGGAUCCCUGGGGCACUCAACUGCCAUUGUCACCCUUCCCCAUCUUCAGCAACACAUAUCAGCUAAUAUGUGCGUCGCUCUACACUCCUACACUGCUCACGGACCGGAGGAGCUGGAUUUGCAGAAGGGAGAAGGUGUUCGUGUUUUCGGGAAGUACCACGAAGGCUGGCUCAGGGGGAUGUCAUUGGUCACUGGAAGAGUUGGGAUCUUCCCCAGUAACUAUGUCGUACCCCUUUUCAGGAAGUCACCCAAUUUCUCUGAAUCCAGGAUGCCUUCCCUGUAUGCCACUUGGACAUUAUCCACUGCAUCACUCUCCUCCCAGGGGAGCAUCUCAGAGAAUGGCCCAAGGCAGAGCAGGCCUUUGAAAUCGGCCUUCAUGCCCACGGUGCUGUCCUCGCCACUGAGAAACGUAGCUGUGCCAGCCACCUCAGGACAAACAUCACUGAGGCGAGGACGCGGCAGUACUAGGAAGAAUGGAUCACUGCAGAGACCUGUGCAGCCCGGAGCUCUCACUCAGGUUGUCGGCUCCCUCAGUCGCACCCCAGCUGCCACGGUGCGGCCCCAGCAACUUCAGCUUUACCAGCAUGUCUCCUCUCAGCCCCAUGGCACCCCUGGCAUGGCGGACCCAGGAGCCAGGCCAAGCGCCUCCCACGAUGCUUCAUUGCUGCUUGUGCCCAGGGCGGGUGAAAGCAGAUCUCCUUCUGUAUGUAGCUCAAUGAUCCUGGAUGCCAAAGAAUCCCCAGCAAAAAGCGAACCUGCUCCAAAGCCACCUCCAUCAGCUCCGCCCUCCAUCCUGGUGAAACCAGAUACCUCCCGGAACAGCACCGAAAAGCAAGUGAAAACGGUGAGAUUUCAGAACUACAGCCCGCCUCCAUCCAAGCGACACAGCUCACAGCCAUCACCAAACCAUCCAGGUGGCAAAACUGAGCAGGGAGCAGCCACAGAGGCAGCCCAGCCAGAAGCAAACACCCUGGGCCUUGACAGGACAGCUCUCUAUUCACACCGAAUCAGCUCCAGCCCAGUGCAUCCGAGGAGGACGCUGCACCCAAAGACAUCAUCGCUGGAUCUUUCUGCCCAGGCAGGGCAACUGACCUUCCCUACCAAAAAGAACUACAGCAGCGUUUCCGAGAACUGA